AUGACCAGCCCGAAUCUCGAGGUUGGAAUAGAACUCCAGAAUCCUCCUCCUCCCCUACAACUGGAGCCGCAACCAGUUCAGCCUUCAAAGCUACAGCAUGUUCUGAUAGUCGUUGCCUCUACGACACUCAUUUUCACAGUGUGCGGCAUCGGCUUCUCCUUUGGCGUCUACCAAGAUGUCUACCAAGGGCUCUCUCACGACCCUUCAUCUCCGUUCUACGGCUCGUCGCCAGCCAUGAUUGACCUGAUCGGCACACUGGCCAUCUCCCUCAUGACAAUUGGUGCCCCCUACGCGACGGCAUGGACCAAGCAAUUCCCUCCGCAGUUCGUCAUCGGCGCCGGAGGGGUGGUGUUUUCUCUCGCAUUGCUUUUGGCCUCUUUCAGUCGACGCAUGUGGGAGGUUCAGCUCACGCAGGGCUUUCUCUGCGGCAUAGGAACCUGUCUGACGUAUAUGCCCGCCGUUACGGUGGCUCCGACCUGGUUCACCGCCCGUCGCGGCCUCGCCAUGGGGAUCAUCCUCUCGGGGACUGGCAUUGGAGGCGUCGUCUGGGCUCCUGUCCUGCACGGCUUGAUUGUCAGAACGGGCUUCCGCAACUCUCUACGCAUAUCGGCGGCCGUCGCCUUUGUCCUCGUCAGUGCCGCCGCUCCUGUCAUGCGCUGGGACGCUGCGGCAGCGCAACGGUUCAGAGCAGAAGCUCGACGUUCGUCAGGUAUCGUGGGACUGUUCAGGAUCCCUUUGGUGGAUUAUCGCAUCGCUCGGUCACGAACCUUUCUUGCGCAAGGAUUGGGCGCUGCACUACAAUCUGCGGCAUACUACACGCCGGUGUUUUUCUUCGCCUCGUACGCAAGAACACUGGGCUACUCGUCCGCGACGGCCUCGAACUUCAUCGCCUUGUCCAACGCUGCCAACGCUGUAGGAAAGAUCAUCAUCGGGCACGCCGCAGACAGGAUCGGCCGGCUCAACGCUUUGUUUCUGACGACGGCCAUUUCGGCGAUUGCGGCUCUGGGCCUGUGGAUUCCCUCGUCCCUCUCCUCGAGCCAAUCCGACAGCCGCAACUUGUUCAUCGCCUUCACGGUGCUCUACGGCGUUUUCGCGUCUGCAUACGUCUCACUCUUCCCCACCUCUCUCGUCGAGCUUUUUGGAGUCCAACAUUUCGCCUCGGUGAAUGGCUUUCUGUACAUGGUGCGAGGACUAGCCACGAUGAUCGGCACCCCUGUCGCCGGCGCACUUAUUCGGGGCGCAACUCACGAGAAGGGCCCCGCGCCGUAUCAGAACACCACCAUCUUGGUGGGAAUAUUGUUAGCGACUGCCACCAUUGCCGUGUUCUGGGUCAGGCUGGAGGCCGCGGUCAGCAAUUUGCGGCCUGGAGGGACGAGGUGGAAGCUUCUACCGCUGCCAAAUCUGCUCAAAGCCCUUCAAGAGGAACGAGCACUUGACCCGGCACAAGAGGAGUCACUACCCCGAUCGGCCGUUUACAUGUCCGUUGUGUUUGAGGUCGUUUACGAGACAAGACCACCACAUGAAGAACGAGCCGGGUCGAGACACGAGCCCAUCUCUCUGGACGAUACGAGCCAGACACAGACCAGCGCCAGUAGGACAUCAAUACCCGUAACGCUGCAAAGCGAUACCGCCCACGAUGACUCUCCCGGCUUCGCCACCCUGCUCACCUCUUCCGAGCAGACCCAGAUGCAUCUCCCCUUGUUCGCCGCCUCGAGUUCCGAAGACAUCGACGUGCCCCCCGAACUCUACGGUAACGAUCCCUCCGUGUUUGGGACACCAGCCCUUCCUCCCCGAGAGCAAGGCCGCAUCUUUGAGAUCGACCACCUCGACCCCUCGGAAGUCACGCGAUUUUUCGGCGGCGCCGACGAAUCCAGCCCUUUCACCGUGCACACCAGCGCGUCCUCACCGAUCCUUUCCCGGCACCAGCACCAGCACCCGUACAAGCACCCGUCUCCAGGGACGACAGAGUCACAGCAGCAAGACGAACCCUUUGAGCUGCCCUCGGAGCUGUUCCACGGCACCGUCGAUGUCCCCGCCAGGACGUGGCUGCGGGAGUUUUGUGCGGGGGAUUGA